AUGCUUGCACCCACACGUCGGACAGGCUUUAUGCACGCACGGAUUGAUGCAAACGCUUCAGCCCCCUCCUCGGCCCUGCCUGCACUGCAGAGCUCUCACACGCAGGAGGGCCUCUCCAGGUGCAAGGAGUGUGGCAAAUGUUUCACCCGUGCCUACAACCUCAGGGUGCACAUGCGAAUUCACAGCGACGAGAGGCCGUACACGUGUCAGGAGUGUGGGAAGGCCUUCCGACAGCUCUCGGCCCUGGACGAACACAGGCACACGGGGGAGAGGCCCUACCUGUGUCAGGUGUGCGGGAGGGCCUGUGGGGAUCUCUCUGCUUUGACAGGCCACCUGUGCACACACACAAAGGAGAAGCUAUAUGAGUGUCAGGAGUGCUGGAAGGGCUUUGCUCACACCUCGUCCUUGGCUGUGCACCUCAGAACACACACGCAGGAGAGGCUGUGGGAAUGUCAGACGUGUGCCAAGCGCUUCCACCGUGCCUCCCACCUGCAGGUGCACAUGGGGGCCCACGCUCGAGAGAAGACCUAUCGGUGUCCACGCGGCGUAUUUCAGGCUCGAGUGACCCUCAACCUUUUUUGCUGGGGUCCAGGGAGCUUCUCCCCCCCCGUUUUGCCGCCUUUCCCGGAGCUUCGGGACCUUCCUGCCGCCGCAGAAGCGGCGGCCGCGUCUUGGCUCUGCGGCUCCGGCGCGCCUGGUUCUGCAUCGGACACACUGUCGCUCAAAGGUGUCAGAAGGACCUCCCGAGCUGCGCAGAGAGCACAGCGUCGGCUUCGCACGGUAACCCAGCACGCCGCCUCCUCCUUGCUGAAGGGACACCUUGGCCUUCGUCAUGACAUGCCCGUAAUCCUGCAGACGCUUCAGAAGACGAUGGAACCAAUGGUCCUGGAGGAUGUAUUCCUGGUCUUCAGCCAGGAGGAGUGGACCUUGCUGGAUGACGCUCAGAAGACUCUGUACAGCGACGUCACGUUGGAAACCUUGACCCACCUGGAUGCCGUCGUGAUUGACAGCAUCGAGGACCGGCACACCUCAGCCAGCAGAUGCGUGUUGAAAUUCCGAAAGCCUUUCCACGCUGUGUCCUCCCUGGCAGAAGCAGCCUCCCUUGUGCCUCAUGAGUUGGAGAAAUAUUGCAGCCAGCAGCAGGCGUUCAGAGAAGCUUCUGAAACCCGUCAGCCUCCUUCAUCGUCCAUCCUGCGUCCAGCUUUGCACAACCACCCUGCGAAGACGCCCGGCCACGCACCCAAGGAUCAUGGUGUCCGCGCGGGACCUUCUCUGUCUGAAGCAACGCCGUCUCCAGCAUUCCCGGACGGAGACGGGAGUUACGAACGCCUGCCCGAGCGGGACGGUGGUGUUUGCAAGGCCUUCCCGCCAGCGAUGCAAACCCAGAGUCAGCGGCGCACUUUGGGGUGCACGGACUCUGGGCCAGCGUUCUCUGCCUCCUCCUCCUCCUCCUCUUCCUCUUCCACGUCGUCGUCUGUGGUCGGCCACCCUCCCGGAGACCGGCCGUACGGGUGUCCUGAGUGCGGCAAAAGGUUCCGGUUGAACUUGCACCUGACGGUGCACCUGCGAGGUCACACAGGUGAGCGUCCGUACAAGUGCAAGCACUGCCGGGCCGCGUUCGCCCACCCGGCGGCCCUGCGGCGGCACGUGCUGAACCACACGGUGGAGCGGCCGUUCAAGUGCCCGCUGUGCGGGGACGGCUUCCCCUACCGCUCGGGCCUCAGCAGGCACCUGCGCGUGCACAGCGGCCAGCGGCCCUACAAGUGCCGGCACUGCGCCAAGGCCUUCAUCUACCCGUCGCUGCUGACCGUGCACACGCGCACGCACACCGGCGAGCGCCUCUACGCCUGCACGCGCUGCGGCAAGGCCUUCCUCCUGGCCUCGGCGCUCACGCGGCACACACGCACCCACACGGGCGAGCGGCCCUACGCCUGCACGCGCUGCGCCAAGCGCUUCGCCGACCUGUCCGGCCUCACCACGCACGCCCGCAUCCACACCGGGGAGAGGCCCUACCGCUGCCGCCUGUGCGCCAAGGCCUUCACCGACCUGUCCGGCCUCACGCGCCACGCGCAGACGCACACGCGCGAGCGCCCCUACGCCUGCACGCACUGCGGCAAGGCCUUCGCGCAGUCCUCCACGCUCACCGUGCACCUCAAGACGCACGCACGCCGCAACACGCACGUGUGCACGCACUGCGGCAAGGCCUUCGGCCACGCCUCGGCCCUCGCCAUGCACACGCGCGUGCACAGCCCGCACAGGCCCUACGCCUGCACGCACUGCGGCAAGGCCUUCGCGCACCACUCGGACGUGGCCAAGCACGCGCGCACGCACACCGGGGAGAGGCCCUACGCCUGCAAGCACUGCGGCAAGGCCUUCAUCCAGGCCGCCCACCUCACCCAGCACACGCGCAUCCACACCGGAGAGACCCCCUACCGCUGCCCCGAGUGCGGAAAGGCCUUCGGACGCGGCUCCGCCCUCAACAGGCACAUCAAGACACACCCUCCUGAAAGCCCCUACCGCUGUCAGGCCUGCGGAAACACCUUCCUCGGCCUGGCCGCCUUCACCGGCCACCAGCGGGCCCACGCCAAGGACGCGCGCCCCUACGAGUGCAAGCAGUGCGGCAAGACCUUCAGGGGCGCCUCCGGACUCGUCCUGCACGUGCGCACGCACGCGCCCACCUCGCAGGCGCCCUACGAGUGUCAGCACUGCGGCCAGGCCUUCCUGCACGCCUCCCUGCUGACCCAGCACAUGCGCACGCACACGGGGCAGACGCUGGACCCUGUGUCGGCCACGGGGCACACAGACGUCCUGCCGGCCCUCGCCUCCCAGACGACACGGGGCCGCCUGCCACGGGCGCCUGGCUCAAUGCAACGCCUAGGAGGCCUCCUGGCCUCGCACGCCACUGUCCACCUGAGCUCGGACGCUGCAAACAGCGCAUGA